UGCUAGAGGCAGGAGCGAAAAGAUCCUCUCAGCUGUUGUCGCGCGUUUCUGGUCUCUGACGUGGCUCCUUUCGGCGACAACUUGGAAUAAGAUGAAGAAGUGGGGCAAGGGAGAGUACUGGGGCGUUGGCUCCGACUACGACCCCGAAUGGCUGCUGACGGAGAGCCAGAAGAAGCUGCGCGACGACCUCAUCGAGCUGUGCAGGACCAAGAUCAGACCGCAGGCUUCCAAGUGCGACCGCAAUUAUGCCUUUCCCCGAGAGUCCAUGAACGCCAUGUCUGAACUGGGUCUGCUGGGCUUAAUCGUACCCAAGGAGCUGGGAGGCCUCGGCGAAAACCAUGUGUGUUCUGCCAUGGUAAGCGAGACCAUAGCCCGCUACGGCUGCCCCUCCACCGCCAUGGUUUACACCAUGCACAUAUCCGCAGUGGCCACCCUGCUCUUCCGUUACCAUGACAACCCACAUAUCCAAGAUCUCCUUCGACGCCUUGACAAGGACAAGCUGGUAGGAACUCUCUCCUAUUCUGAUCCAGCAACUGGGGGCCACUUCUGGUACCCACUGUCCUCGAAGGUGAAGGUCCUGGACGAGAACAUGGUGCGGCUCUUCAAGUACGGCUCGUGGGCGACCAGCAGCGGCCAAGCGGACUGGUACACCAUCCAGACCGUGAGUCCUGACUUCGGGGGAGACUUCUCCAACCUGUCUUGCUUCCUGGUCUACAAGGACGAGAUCCGAGCCAACACCGACGACUGGGACGCCCUGGGCAUGCACGGCAACAUGUCCGGCCCGCUCAUCAUCGAGGGCAAGUUCUCCAUGGAAAGGAUGAUUGGCUCUCCCGGAGAUGGCCGGAAGAGCAACGACGAGUGCGUGGCUCCCAUCUUCUCCCUGAAUUCGACGUCAGUGUGGAACGGAAUCUCCCUGGCGUGCAUGGAUGUGGCCAAAAGACACGUGACCCGCAAAGCACACGCUGACGUGGGUAUGCGGGUAUGCGAUUACCCAACCAUCCAGGAUUACUUUGGCGAGUGCAUGAGUCACACGAAUUCGUCACGAAUGUUUCUGUUCAGUCUGGCGCAAGCUCUCGACAACGCCACCAACAACGGAGACUGGGAAACUCGGGAGCGAGUUGACACCGACCGCAGGUCAGUGUUUGCACACUGGUUAUUCCAAGCAAAGUUCAUUGCUGCCAAGAACGUGUCCAAAGUUGGCGAUAAGAUGCUUCACGCCUGCGGGGGCUCUGGGUACAAGACUGACCUUGGCUUGGAACGGCUGCUGCGGGACGGCAAAGCGGGCUGGGUCAUGGCGGUGUCAAACGAGGUCACAAGGCAGUUAGUGGGAAAGACAGUGCUUGAGGGGCUAGGCGUGCUCGACAUCUGGGACCAGAAACCGAACGAGCGAGCCAUCCACCACGAGAUCAAGAAAAUGAGCAUCGAGGAGCGCAAGAAGCUGGCCGAGGAGCUUCUAGAAGACGUCGUGGCCGAGGAGAAGGGCGAGGCGAAGCACCCGUUCCAGGACACGGACUUCGACAACCCCUUCAACACGUGUGCUCCGGCGGCCAACGGCAAGGUCCUCAAGACAGACGACGGGGAGGAACACGAACCUGCCCUGAACCCUGACACUUGGACGCUGCUGACACUGAAGAGCCAGAACCCAGUCAGCGAUAAGAUGUCUUCCUUUGACUUCGCUCUCCCGAAACCCACGGAUCACACAGGUUGCUUCACCGGCCAGUACGUGAAGGUUCGCGUGACCUUCAAAGGCAAGGAGCAGGAGCGCUACUUCUCGCCCGUGUCGCGUCCGGACGACUUCGGGCGCAUCGAACUCGUGCUCAGGUUCGAGUCCCAGGGCCUCAUGUCCCAGCACUUCAAGGCUCUCAAGCCUGGUGAUAAGGUGGAGUUCCAGGGCCCUUGCGGAGGCUUCGAGUACGAGGCGAACCAGCUGGAUGAGGUGACGCUCCUGGCCUCGGGCGGAGGCGUCACCCCCGGCAUGCAGCUCAUCCGCGCCGUCAUGCACAACCCCGACGACAAGACCAGGAUCAAGCUCCUCUACUUCUCAGAGAACUACGACGAGAUCCUCUACCGGGAGGAACUUGAUGGAUAUGCAGCCAAGGACUCUCGACUGCAGAUGGUGCACACGCUGGGGGAGUCGCCCGAAGACUGGGAGGGCGAGGAAGGCUUCAUCGACACGCAGAUGAUCGACAAGCACGUGACCAAACCCAACGGCAUUAGACACAAGAUCAUCAUGUGCGGAGGCCCUACGAUGACCAUCUCGUGCCUCCACUCCCUGCGGUCCCUCGGCUUCCCCUCCGAUGCCAUCUUCAUCUACGGCCAGUUCGGCACCGAGCACGUGAGGAAGGUCUACGGCAGGAACGUGCAGCUCUCCGGCCACCGCUGCGACAGUGCCCUCUGAGGAACGCCUUCUCUCGGGUUUCAGAACACGUCCUAAAAGAUCGAUCAGCGUUUCCAGAAGAGAGAGAGAGAGAGAGAGAGAGAGAGAGAGAGAGAGAGAGAGAGAGAGAGAGAGAGAGAGAGAGAGAGAGAGAGAGAGAGAGAGAGAGAGAGCACGGAAGUUCAAGAGGAUUUAUGUCUUUCGUUGAUCUUUUGUAGAUUCUGAGAAUGGAACAUGAGAGAGAUUUCCACUCAGGAAGUUCAUGUCACAGCUGAUGUUGAAGAAAAGACACCGACAGGUAUAUGACUUUACGUUAUGUGGAAAUGCACUCAUCCCGCUAAUAACAGCAGUGUUGGGAAGCUGUCAGACGGAUUCAAGCAUUUAAAAAGAAACCAAGCACCUUUAGACACUGCAUUUACUUAACAGUGAUGUGAAAACCGUGUUUUUCAUCUCAUCAGGUGCAAUGUAAAAAUGCCAUUGCACUACAAAUGCCACUCUGCUAUUUUUAUAGAGCGCUAGAAAUCACUCCUUAACACGGAAUAAAAUGCAGCUUAAAACGGUCUCACGGAUGGCAGGGCUGACAGACUUGUUGGUGAUGACAGAAAGCAAAAAGGAGGAAUUCGUUGAUGACUUAAGGUGCUGUCACACUAGCACUUUUUCCGUCAAUUUUUUAACAAUUUUAUUUUACAUAAAUACAAACAUUCUCUAAUAUAGCUCUUGAUUUGAGUAUGCUUGGCUGAAAAAG